ACAGCAAGGGUCUCUCCCUGGCCCAGAAUCUGUUUCUCUGUACCUGUUUUCUUCCUUUGCUCCCACAAAGACUGAGACUUGCUGGGUUAGCGCCCCCGAGGCCGAUGGCCGGCCCUGCAGGCCUGGUCCUGGGACUCCUCACCUUGAUGACUCUCCGGAGUCCCCGCGGAGCAGGGGCCAUCCAAGCCGACCACAUGGGCUCCUAUGGCCCUGCCUUCUACCAGUCUUACGAUGCCUCAGGCCAGUUCACCUACGAAUUUGACGGGGAGCAACUGUUCUCCGUGGACCUGAAGAACAGGGAGGUCGUGUGGCGCCUGCCUGAGUUUGGCGACUUCACACGCUUUGACCUGCAGAAUGGGCUGCUCAGCAUCGCCAGGAUCCGAGCCCACCUGGGCGUCUUGGUGGAACGCUCCAAUCGCACCAGAGCCGCCAGCGUGCCUCCCAGGGUGACCGUAUUCCCCAAGUCCCCAGUGGAGCCGGGCAAACCCAACAUUCUGAUCUGCAUGGUGGACAACAUCUUCCCCCCUGUGAUCCGUGUCACCUGGCUACGCAAUGGUCACACCGUCUCUGAGGGGGUGGCCCAGACCAGCUUCUACUCCCAGCCUGAUCACUCGUUCUGCAAGUUCCACUACCUGACCUUUGUGCCGCGGGCCGACGACGUCUACGACUGCAAGAGCCCCAGCUGCCUAGCCCGCUGCCAGACACCUCAGAGACCCUGGUCUUCACCCUGGGCCUGGCCAUCGGCCUGGUGGGCUUCGUUGUGGGCACCGUCCUCAUCAUCACGGGCACACGGAAGUCCAGCGCCCCCAGAUCUUGACGGUGCUCCCAGGUGUGAAGGCUGCCAGACCAAGAGAGAGGUCUGGGUGAGGACCGCAGAGAUGACCACACGUGGCAGCCACCCUCGGCCAGUCCCGCAGCAUCUUCUCUAUCGGCUUCGUGUGUUACUCUGUCAGUGAGCCAUUUCACAAGGAUUUCAUGAAAUUGGCCCCCUGAAUUCAGAUUUGUCCUGAAGGGGUGCAGUGUAUCAUUCCGUGCAACUCCCUCAACCAACAAUAGUUCCGAGGGGUAUGGGGAGAGCGAGGUUUGAGGGGACCCCACUUUUGUCUGGAUGAUAAGGCUACUGGGGUCCAGUUAUGAUCUACAAUAUCUUCUCCUUUGUCUACAUUCCCCAGAGUCCUAUGCACGACAAACAGAAGUCCAAGACUGAGAUUGGCCGGCUACUUCCUCAAUGGGGACAGUCAGAUUAGGCAAGGGGAGAGCAGAGUGGGUCUGCAAGGUAUCUAGCAAGAAAGGAGGUCUCAGAGAGAUUCACCUGGGCACUCUCCAAAUGCAUGGCUGGGAAGAGCUUCCCAGAAAAAAUUCAAGGCACACUAUAACCACAGACAACCACAUAAAGUAGUUUGUGUCAGGUACCAAAUGAGUGACAUGCCCUGAUACCUGCUGAUCUUUUGCUUGAAAUCUAUCUUCGUGUAUCAUUUAAAAAGUGCUUCAUCUCUGUCCUAAGGCUUAAUAAAGUCAUUUAAAACGUUUU